CCCUAACAGCCGCCUCGCCUCCCACUCUCGGCUCUCCCCCGGCCGCCCAGCUCCCGCGACAUCGAGGUCGAGCCCCCCUUCCAGAACCUUCCAGAACGCCCGGAUCGCCGGCGCCGGCAUCGCAUCGGGCCGCCGGCCCAUGGACAAGCUCCGCGUCCACCGCUGCGGCGGCGGCGCGGUCGAGUGGUCGCCGUCCCCCGUCGUCGCACUUGCCACCUCUCCCUGCGCGUCCCAGGUCGCCGCCGCGCGCGAGGACGGAUCGCUCGAGCUCUGGCUCGUCUCCCCGGGCUCCGUCGGCUGGCACCACCAGCUCACGAUACAGGGGAACGCCGAGUCGAGGGUCACAUCGCUGGUGUGGGGGCGGAGUGGAGUUGGAGCGGCCGGCCGGCUGCUCUCAUCCAGCGUUGAUGGGUCGGUGGUCGAGUGGGAUCUCUUCCACCUGCAGCAAAAGACUGUCCUAGAUACUGCUGGAGGACCACUCUGGCAGAUGGCCAUCGAGCCGUCCGAUGAUUCUAAAAAUACCGAAAUUAAUGGCUCAGGAAUUGCCAUCAAUGGCCAUGCAAAUAAUAACGACUCAAGCGACUCUGACUUAAGUAAUGUUGAUGAUGGCGACGACUCUGAGGAUGAGGACAGUCCAGCCAACACGAGAUCUUCAUACCAUGUCAAUAAACUCCAACGACUGGCACUUGCCUGCGAUGAUGGUUCUGUAAGAUUGUAUAAUGUGCCUGAAUCAGGCGCAUUGACUUACUAUAGAUCUCUUCCAAGAGUAAGCGGGCGAACUCUGAGUGUGACGUGGAGUAGUAACGCCAAAUUUAUAUUUUCUGGAAGCAGUGAUGGUUUAAUCAGAUGCUGGGAUUCAACAUCUUUCCAAGAAAAGUAUCGUAUUACUGCUGGAUUGGGAGGGGCUGGUACCGGAUCGGAACUAUGUAUCUGGACAUUAUUGUUUCUGAGGUGUGGAACACUUGUUAGCGGAGAUAGUACCGGGAGUGUACAGUUUUGGGAUAGCAGCCAUGGGACACUUUUACAAGCUCACUCUUAUCAUAAAGGCGACGUAAAUGCACUAGCAACUCUGCCUAGUCAGAACAGGGUAUUUUCCGCAGGGUCUGAUGGGCAGGUAAUUCUUUACAAAGUAUCAAAAGAUGAUUCCGGCACUAGUAAAAACGCGGUCAAAGAGCAAGUUCGCAAGUGGGUCUAUGUGGGAUACGUAAGAGCUCACACUCAUGAUGUAAGGGCAUUGACCAUGGCUGUACCAAUCUGUAGAGAAGACGAAUUAUCGGAGGAAAAGGCGGUUAAGAUUCGCCGGCGUGAAAAGCGUCAAUUCAGUUACCACAAAUGGGCUCAUCUUGGUGUUCCAAUGCUAAUAUCUGGUGGUGAUGACACUAAGCUGUUUGCUUAUUCGGCAAGAGAGUUUACUCAAUUUGCACCACAUAAUUUCUGCCCUGCACCUCAACGUCCUUUGAUAAAUCUUGCUCGAGAUAGCACAGUCAAUGGAGAUUCAGUAAUGCUUGUCCAAUCUGCCAACUGGCUGGAUGUUUUACUUGUGACAGUUCAGAACAAGUUAACUCCAAGUACAUCAUCUAGAGAAGAUGCUAAAGUGCGACAACUUGCUCGUUUGAAAAGCAAGGGGUCAAGAAAAAUCAUCUCUAGUGCUGCCUCCACAAAUGGAACGCUUUUGGCCUAUUCAGAUUGUGUGAGGCCCUGCCUGUUUGCACUAAAGCAUAAGAGUGGAAAGAAGUACACCCUUGACAAAUUGGAGCUGCCGAAAGGACUGCCCUGUUCUCAGAGUAUGAUGUUUACAGUUGACUCGUCCAAUUUGAUACUAGCUGGACGUGAUGGAAAAAUAUAUGUCAUUGAUAUUGAAACAAGAGAAAUUUCAAAUGUAUUUCAUCCUACAAGAAAGGCAGAUGCAACAAAAGUCUCUUCAAGAGAAUCACCUGUAACAAAAAUGUUCCUAAGUGUGGAUGGGCAAUGGUUGGCUGCAGUAAACUGCUUUGGGGAUAUUUAUGUAUUUAAUCUUGAAGUACAAAGGCAACACUGGUUCAUAUCUAGAAUGAAUGGUGGCUCUGUUACAUCUGGCGGUUUUUGCCCCAAGAACAAUGCUCUUGUGAUAACUACAUCGAAAAAUGAGGUAUAUGUAUUUGAUGUGGAAGCAAAACAGUUAGGUGAAUGGUCCAAGCGAUACACACAUCACUUGCCCAGAAGUUUCCAGGAAUUUCCUGGUGAGGUCAUUGGCCUAUCAUUUCCGCCACAAAGCUCAUCGAUAGUUGUGGUAUACAGUACAAGGGCAAUGUGCUUGAUUGAUUUUGGAUUGCCUGUUAUUGAGGAUGUUCAAUUGCCAAAUAGAUCAACCGGACCAGCAGAGAAGACAGACGCACAGAAGGGUACAAAAAUAAAGCAGAAGCGCAAGGCCCAUAAUGAAGAGUUGAAACAAGAGAAUAAGAAUAACUUCAACUUCUUUGCGUUUAAAGAGCCAGUCCUGUUUGUUGGGCACCUAUUGGACGGUUCAAUUUUAGUAGUGGAGAAGCGGUGGAUGGAUGUGGUUGAAGGAUUUGGCGCACCUGUUCACAGACAUAUAUACGGGACAUGAUGCAAGCUAACAUGUCUACCUCUGGCUCUCGUGGCAAGCAGUCCACUGUUUUUGUUUUUGCUCAAGCACAUGCCUUGGUCCUCAAGCAUGCUAUGGGUUGAGAGGAGUUUUAGGAUUUUGGAGCGCAAAGGGGCUGCAUCGGCUAAGCUUUAGCAUCAGGAGUGGGGUAAUGGUGUGUUCUUUUCUUCUAAACUUGAGUAAUGUAGUGGACUCCUUGCGCCAGUUUGUCAUACCUUGUCGCUGCGCAAAAUUUUUGUCAGAUGUAAACACUGUAUCAUCACCUCUGUUACCGUUAAGUUGUUAUUUGUUGUUUGACAAAGGAA